UGCGGGUUGCUGCUGCUUCUCUCGGGUUGGGUGUCGCUUCCCUGCGCGGGACCUUCUCCACGAUGGCCGAGGAGGAUCCUUUCUGCCGCUACCGCUCCCCUCUCGUCUCGCGCUACGCCAGCCCCGACAUGGCUUUUAACUUCAGCGAGAGGAAGAAGUUCAGCACCUGGCGGCGCCUCUGGCUUUAUUUGGCCAAGGCUGAGAAGUCACUGGGUCUACCCAUCACAGAUGAGCAAAUACAGGAAAUGGAAGCAAAACUAGACAGCAUAGAUUUCAAGAUGGCAGCUGAGGAGGAGAAACGAUUACGUCAUGAUGUAAUGGCCCAUGUGCAUACAUUUGCCCACUGUUGUCCAAAGGCUGCAGGAAUAAUUCACCUUGGAGCAACUUCCUGCUACGUGGGAGAUAAUACGGACUUGAUAGUUAUCCGGGAUGGAUUCAACCUGCUUCUUCCCAAGCUUGCCAGGGUGAUCAGCCGUCUUGCAGACUUUGCUGAGAAGUAUGCUGACUUGCCCACCUUGGGCUUCACUCACUACCAGCCUGCCCAGCUGACUACUGUGGGUAAACGCUGUUGUCUGUGGAUCCAAGAUCUCUGCAUGGACCUCCACAAUCUUGAGCGGGCACGAAAUGAGUUGAGAUUUCGUGGUGUAAAAGGCACCACUGGUACACAGGCCAGCUUUUUGCAGCUUUUUGAAGGAGAUCAUGAGAAAGUGGAGGAGCUGGACAGGCUGGUGACUGCAAUGGCGGGAUUUAAGCGCGCUUAUAUCGUCACAGGGCAGACGUACAGUCGCAAAGUGGAUAUUGAAGUUAUUUCUGUUCUGGCCAGUCUAGGGGCAUCUGUACAUAAGAUAUGUACUGAUAUUCGCCUUCUGGCCAACCUCAAAGAAUUAGAGGAACCUUUUGAGAAAGACCAAAUUGGUUCAAGUGCCAUGGCUUAUAAACGGAAUCCCAUGCGUUCAGAGCGAUGUUGCAGCUUAGCUCGUCAUCUUAUGAUUCUGAUCCAGGACCCCCUUCAGACAGCAUCUGUGCAGUGGUUUGAGCGCACUUUAGAUGAUAGUGCAAACAGGCGCGUGUGUUUACCUGAAGCCUUCCUCACUGCUGACAUAAUACUUAGCACCCUACAAAAUAUCUCUGAAGGUCUUGUGGUAUAUCCCAAGGUUAUUGGAAGACGUAUUCAGCAAGAGUUGCCUUUCAUGUGUACAGAAAAUAUUAUCAUGGCUAUGGUGAAAGCUGGGGGCAAUCGCCAGGAUUGUCAUGAGAAGAUAAGGGUUCUGUCCCAGCAGGCAGCUGCUGUUGUGAAGCAAGAAGGGGGUGAUAAUGACCUCAUUGAACGUAUUCGUGCGGAUCCUUAUUUCAGCCCUAUUCAUGGAGAACUGGAAUCUCUUUUGGAGCCCAAAUCCUUUACUGGACGUGCUUCCCAGCAGGUAGCAAGAUUCCUAAAAGAAGAGGUCCACCCCGUGCUUACCCCUUAUAAGAGCAAGAUGGAUGUGACAAUGGAGCUGUCUCUUUGAAUUAUUAUUCAGUUAGUAUUUCAUUAGGGUAUUUGUGGGGAAGAUAAUAAAAUAUAUUUCAAAACAGA